GUUUUUGUUCACAAUUUCAAGUUCAGGUUCUGUUUCUCCCUCUGACAUGACCCACUCCCAACAUCAUGUUCACCGUUUACGUAGGACAAAAAUCAAUGGACCGUGUUUGUUGGAAUAAACUAGAAAUGGGUCUUGUGUUUUUUUUUUUUCUUGGGCAUGAGAUGGAGGAUGAUGAUGAAAAGGACCUAAGUGAUCUCUAUCUUCAUGAAGAAUAGAAUAAUGAGAAGGUUUUUAAAGGUGAUGGGGAGAGAGGAGAGGGGGAUGAACAAAAUUCUACUGAAAUGUGGUUUGGCUUUGGCUCUUACCUUUGCUGGAUUUCUCUACUCUCACAUCAGAACCAGAAAAAUUAAGCCCUCCGCUACUUCCCCCAGGAGACACCCUUCAUGUCAUGGAAAAGAAGUUAAUUCAGGAGGAGGUGUAAGGGCAGCAUCUAAUUCUUGCAGCACUGUUUCAGAGGAAAAUAUUUUGGAUACUCAGGAAGAAACAUGCAUCAACAAGGUGAUUGGUAAAAAUUCCCCACUUGGUCACUCUCCAAGAACUAAACAAAGUGGAGAGAAAGAUGAGUUCCUCCAACCUGAGGUAGAAACACCAAGGUCUGCUAUAGCAUAUGCAAGUCAUGAGAAGGAUGACUAUGAGCAAGAAAUCAGGCAACUCAGGAACAUGAUCAGAAUGCUUCAAGAGAGGGAAAGAAGUCUUGAGGUUCAACUGCUUGAGUACUGUGGUCUGAGAGAGCAAGAAACAGCUGUAAUGGAGCUCCAAAAUAGAUUGAAGAUAAGUAAUAUGGAGGCAAAGAUGUUCCAUCUGAAGGUUGAGACCUUACAGUCUGAAAAUCGGAGAUUAGAGGCACAGGUGGCUGAUCAUGCAAAAGUGCAGGCUGAGCUUGAGACUGCAAAAACAAAAGUCAAAUUUUUGAAGAAGAAAAUUAAGUAUGAAGCUGAGCAUAGCAGGGAGCAUAUCAUAAAUCUUAGCCAAAGAGUUGCCAAGUUGCAAGACCUUGAAUGCAAAGCUGCUAAUAGUGAUCAAGAUAUUCAAAUGAAGCUGAAAAGGCUAAAGGAUCUUGAGUCUGAGGCAGAACAGUUGAGGAAAUCUAAUUUGAGACUGCAGAUGGACAAUUCUGACUUAGCUCAAAGAUUGGAUUCUACUCAGAUCCUUGCAAAUUCCAUUCUGGAAGACCCUGAGGCAGAUGCUUUGAAGGAAGAAGGUGAGCGUCUUAAACAAGAAAACGAAAGCUUGAUGAAAGAAAUUGAGCAACUACAUGCUGAUCGAUGUUCAGAUCUUGAAGAAUUAGUUUAUUUGCGGUGGAUAAAUGCUUGUUUAAGACAUGAAGUACGCCACUAUCAACCCCCUCCUGGUAAAACAGCUGCAAGGGACCUGAGUAAAAGCUUAAGUCCUACAUCUGAGAAGAAAGCCAAGCAGCUUAUACUUGAAUAUGCAAAUAAUGAUGGGCGACGGAGCCUUUCUGACUUUGAUUAUGACCAAUGGUCCUCCUCCCAGGCUUCUUUUAUUACAGACUCUGAUGAUUUUUCUCCUCGUGAUAAUCCAUCUGAUGCCAAAGCUAAUACCACAAGCAAGUCUAAAUUUUUUGGCAAGCUUAUGAAGCUGAUACGAGGCAGAGGUAGCCAGCAUCAACUUAGUCGAGUUACAUCCCAAGAAAAAUCUGGAUCUCAAGAAGAUAUUAAUUCUCCAAGUUUCAGCUUGAGUAUCUCAACUGGGAAUGAUACUGGAGCUGAGGGUCUUAGGAGUGAGUAUGCAACUCCCAUUGUCGCAUCUAGAACUAGUUCCCUCAAUUUGGACCGGACAUUGAGUUUGAAGGAUGAAAAUAGGAUGAGUGUGAAGGAUGAAAGUAGGAGAAAUUCAGAUGUGGGAAGCUCAAAGAAUUUCAGUCCAAGGAAAAGAGGUUCAGGAGACCUCAAAAACCGCAUGGAUUCUUUACCAGAUUCGCCUGGCUCUGAGAAAUCUAAUUUGGUGAAAUAUGCUGAAGCUAUAAGAGAUUCUAGUGGAACUGUCAAACAACAGAUACGUAGAAGAUCAGCAUCAUAUAGUUCAUUUUAACUUAUUUGCUAUAUGCAAAGAUUUUACCUUUUUCAAAUGUGAAUAUUACAAACAGAUUAGGAGGUUAUACAGCUCAAUCCUGAUAUACCAUAUUAGCUGUUAGUAUCAGACACUAACCUUGUAUUAAAUAAGGAUGCAUUUAA